GGUGGUUUGCCUUCCGGGGUAAAAAAAAAAAAGAUAUUGUCAAAUUGGUUACACAUUACUACUAAAUCUUUUUAAAUUUAUCCAUUUAUAAUUUCUUUUGGCUAAUAUAAGAGUUAAAAUAAUCUAAAACUAAUUAUUCCCAUUUUUAAAAUAUGCAUAAUCAACCUUCUAAAGUAAAAUUAGGUCAGAGAGGUUUUGUUGGGAGAGGAAAAAAAGAUAUUUUGGGAUACUUAAGACAGCGGGUGGUCAAUCGCAUUAAUAGUUGGAACAAUAAAUUUCUCUCUAAGGCGGGCAGAGAGGUUUUGUUGAAAUCUGUGAUCCACGCUAUGCCAAAUUACGCUAUGAAUGUUUUUCUUCUACCUGACGAGUUGUGUAAAGAAAUUGAAAUUCUUAUGAAUGGCUUUUGGUGGAAGGGUAAGUCGGGCGGAGGAAUUCGUUGGAAGGAUUGGGCUUUUUUAAGUAGACCUAAAAACUUUGGUGAUAUGGGUUUUAAAAGGCUCAAGGAAUUUAAUCUUUCGAUGCUCACCAAACAAGCGUGGCAUUUUUUGCUAAUCCGGAUUCACUUGUCGGUCGAGUGAUCAAGGCUCGCUACAUUCCUAGAGGGGAUUUUUUAUCGGCCACUCUUGGUCACAACCCUUCUUUUAUAUGGAGGAGCCUUUUCCAGGCUCAAGGGGUGGUUCGAGAUGGUUAUAGAUGGCGGGUUGGGAAUGGUAAAUCUAUAAAUAUAUGGGAGGAGCCCAGGCUGCCUGAUAGGAAGAAUCCCAGUCUUAUCACGCCUUUUGUGAGGAAUUAAAACACAUUACCGUGGAUAACCUGUUUGACAGUUCGGGAAGAGCUUGGGAUACUGACAUUUUGCGAGAUAUCCUUGCUGACAGAGAUGUUAAACUUAUUCAAUCCAUUCCGAUUAGUUUGCACUCACCGCCGGAUUUGAGAUGUUGGAAGUGGGAGGAAGACGAGCAUUUUUCUGUUAAAAGCUGCUAUAGAUAUCUUGUUGGUGAUUUCAGCCUAACUGAGCGGGUUGACUGGCCGGCUAUGUGGUCGUGGAAGUUCCCUCCGAAAAUUAAAAUCUUCUUAUGGCAGAUUUGUAGCGGCUGUCUCCCAACCCGUACUAAUUUACAAUCACGCAGGGUGGAUUGUUCAAAUCAGUGCGGACUUUGUGGGGAUCCUGGGGAGUCCCUAACCCAUAUUUUCAUGACAUGUUCGGUUGCUAAGGAGGCAUGGUCGACAGUGUCAUGGAAAUGGACUACUCAAGGUGGAAAUGACUUCUUGGAGCAGGUUGGGAAGAAAUUUCAUGUAAAGAGAAAGGAGGAUUUGGCAAAGUUGAUUUGGGGUUGUUGGGCUAUUUGGGGCGAGAGGAACUGCCGGGUUUGGCAGCAGGCUUCUUCUCCGGCGCGUCAGUUUAUGCUCAAGGCGGAGGCGUUCAUGACGGGAUGGGCCCAAGCGCAGACAGCUCGCAGGGAAGGAAGGUUAGCAGGGCUGAGGAUGGUAGCUUCUUGGUGUUGCCCAGCUGCGGGGGGUGGUGAAACUGAAUGUUGAUGCUGUCGUUCGUACUGGUUACUGUGGGCUGGGAUGGUGCCUUAGGGACGAGGAAGGUAAGUUCGUGGCUGAAGCAGCUCGCAAGUGGCAGGGGAAUUUAUCUGUACUGGAAGCCGGGUUGAUUGGAAUUAGAGAAGCAUUGAGCUGGCUACUCGAUUUUGAGUGGAGGGCAAUUGAAGUCGAGUCUGAUGCUUCCCGCGCCAUUUCGGAAAUUUUGAAAGGCUCGAGUAUUUCUUCCUAUGGGUUGGUGGCAGCUGAUAUUAGAGAUAUUGCAAACAACUUCGCUAGCAUCUCCUUUUCUCAUGUUAGACGGUCAACGAACAAGGCGACUCAUGUUAUGGCUAAGGCGGCCUGUUCUUUGUCUGACUUUCAGUUUUGGUUUACUCAUCCUCC